AGCCCCGCCGGAUGUCGUUUCAGCAGCAACAGCAACUUGAUGGCUGUUGUCACAGCUGGGUAGUUGGCUCGCUGGAAGUUGAGCAACAGCCGUCUGGAGAAAGCGAGUCGCGGCGUGGAUUUCUAGCAGCCCCGCAGAAUCCACGGAGAAGGUUCGGCUCAGGAAAGUCCAUCACCACGGUUCCGAAUCCCCUCUGUGAAGAUCCACGAUGCAGAGAAGAAGAUGAGUCCUCCAGAAGGUCUGGGACAACUUCCUGUCUUUGCUGCUGUCCCUCCCACUCCCCCAGAUCUCACCCCUCUUAGUGCCUCCCUUCGCCCGGUCCCCAGUAGGGGGCGGUAAGGCGAUGUCUGGAUGGCGGUCCCAGGGGCGCCUCCUGCUGCUGAACUCGCUGACCUGCGGCCUGGAGAUCUGCGUGGCGGCUGGGAUCACCUACGUCCCCCCGCUGCUGCUGGAGGCCGGGGUGGAGGAGCGCUACAUGACCAUGGUGCUGGGUAUCGGCCCGGUUCUGGGGCUGCUCUUCAUCCCUCUGAUCGGUUCGGCCAGUGACCAGUGCAGCAGCAGCUACGGCCGCCGCCGGCCCUUCAUCUGGCUGCUGUCACUGGGCGUCCUGCUGGCGCUCUUCAUCAUCCCCAACGCCGACCUGCUGGCGGCCCGUCUGCCCCGGGCGGAGCGGACCCUGCAGGUGGGCUUCCUCAUCCUGGGCGUGGGCCUGCUGGACUUCUGCGGCCAGGUGUGCUUCACGCCGCUGGAGGCGCUGCUGUCGGACCUGUACCGGGACGAGGAAGACUGCGGCCGGGCCUUCGCCAUGUUCUCCUUCAUGGUCAGCGUGGGCGGCUGCGUGGGCUACCUGCUGCCCGCCGUGGACUGGAGCCGCAGCCCGCUGGCCGUCUACCUGGGCGGCCAGGCCGAGUGCCUCUUCUCCCUCCUCAUCCUCAUCUUCGUCACCAGCGUCAUCGUCACCAUGAAGGUGUCUGAGGAGCCGGCCCGGUCCGGCCCGCGGCCGGAGCCCGGCGGCGGCGCCAGGGAGGCGGGGCGCUGCGGACUCCCUCGCUCCUGCUUCUCCCUGCUCAGGUGCAAGCUGUGGCUGCUGGGGGCGGGGCCUCUGCUCUGCCUGCUGCGCACCUGCCGCACCACCAUACCCGCCAUCUUCUGGAGCUACUGCCGCGUGCCGCGCGUCAUCAGGCAGCUGUGCGCGGCGCAGCUCUGCAGCUGGAUGGCCGUCAUGUCCUUCAUGCUGUUCUACACAGACUUUGUGGGGGAGGGGCUUUACGGCGGCGUCCCCAGCGCGGCGCCGGGGAGCGUGGCACGGCAGCGGUACGAUGAAGGCAUCCGCAUGGGCAGCCUGGGCCUCUUCCUGCAGUGCGCCACGUCCACCAUGUUUUCUCUGGCGAUGAGCCGCCUGCUGCGGCGCUUCGGCCCGCGCCGCGUCUACCUGGGCAGCAUGGUGAGCUUCACGCUAUCCGCCCUGGGCAUCUGCCUGUCCAGCAGCAUCGUCAUGGUGACGGCCAUGACCGCGCUCACCGGCUUCGCCUACGCCACGCUGCAGACCGUCCCGUACACGCUGACCUGCCACUACCACAAGGAGAAGGAGGUCUACUUGUCUCCAGGGAAACCCAGAACCUCGCACAGCAACAGCGUGGCGGCGGGGCGGGACGCCGUCUGUCUGACCCCUGCAGAGGAGGAGGGGGGGGUCCAGAACCACAAACCGCCUCUCAACAGGCAGGACGGGUUUGAACACUUUCCCCUCCAGCAGGGUGAGGCGGGCGGCGAGCGGCGCGGCGUGGGGCUGGACUUCGCCAUCUUGGACAGCACCUUCCUCCUGUCGCAGGUCAUCCCCACGCUCUUCAUGGGCGCCGUCGUCCAGCUGGCCGGAUCCGUCACCGCCUACAUCGCUAGCUCCGCCCUCUUCGGCGCCGUAGCCAUCUACCUGUCGACCCGCAUCGUCUUCGACCAGAAGGACCUCCGGAGCUGAGGCGGUCAGGUCCUUCUUUACCCACAAUGCCUUAGGGUGUGAGGGCGUCCUCAGGUAGAACUUGAACGAUCUGAAUAAUCUCCAGGUUCCAUCUGGACCAUUUAGGACCGUUCUGGUUUGGUUCUGAUCCAUUCGGUUCUUCAGGUCUCCUCUGAGUCCAAAUGGGAGAAAAUCCCAACAUUUAUCCAUAAGCAUGAAGGAACAUCUACCAGCCUGAAUAUUCCCACCAAAGUGGGCGGAGCCAGAAGAGGCUGGGGGCGUGGCCAGGUCUGAGAGGGGGAAGACCAAAUCAGCACUAAUGCUAACGCUAACGUAACCAUUUAGCCAUCUGGAGACGUUUCUCCUCCAGAAGUUCUGCUGAUGUCCAGACCCUGAAGGAGCAAAGCAGCCCAGGCCAUCAUACUGCCACCACCGUGUCUGACUGUAGUUCAGGAUGCAGACAUGAAGUCAGUGUUUCUGGCCUUUCAGAAACAAUUUUUCUGCUUUUCUACUUCCUGCUGCCAGACGGUUCUGGACUCUGGGGGUAGCAGAGAUUUCUGGGCUUGUUUGACCGUUAGUUUAAUCUGCAGCGUUUAAUGUGGAGUGAAUAUUUCCUCCAGCUCCGGCUCAGGUGAGCCUCUCCCUGUUUGCUGCUGGUGGAUCUGCUGUGGAACCAGUUCAAACUGGUCCAGAGUACUGGUAGCAUGCACACACUGACCUCUGCCCUGCUUAGUUUCCUGCGUUGCCAUGGUGACAGUUUGCAUCUCACUGCAUAUCCAGACGAUAAUGCAGGACGCCAGAUGGCCUUGUUGCAGAGAAGUGCAUGGAUACCGUCUCCAUAGCAACCAUCCCUGAAAAGACCAAAAAUGGAGGCUGAACCUAGAGCCGGGUGUGUGUGUGUGUGUGUGUGUGUGUGUGUGUGUGGGUGCGUGUGUGCGUGCGUGUGUGUGUGGGUGGUAAGAAGCCCCCCCCCCAUUAGCGCCACCUUGAGGUGAAACUCAGGACUCUGUUGCCGUGGCAGCAGUCAGGAGGAAGGUGGCUGAAGAAGUGCCUGCUCUUUAUUAAACAUGUAAAUAUGGAUUUAUUUAUUCUGCUGAAAGCUUUUCUGUGGAACACAAAUUAUUUAUAUGGAAAGCAACUUUAAAGCUAAUUUAUUUCAUAAAUAUGAAGUCAGUUUUAUUACCUGUCAUGUUUUGGGCCUUCUUUACCUCUGAAUGUUCAACCGGGUCGAUGGAAACCAAAUCUGAUACUUUUGAUAUGAAUUAAUUUUGCUCCUCUUUAUACUCUGUACCAGCUGAAGGAGUGGAGAAAUAUGCAAUUACCAAACAGAUUUUAUAAAGAAUAAUAAGAACUUUUAUUAUCCACUCACGUCUUCUGCCUUUACAUCUGAAGAUCAUUAAAAGUCAAUAAUACAAAC